UUACAUUUUGUAUUCUGAAUUUUCUGUUUUCGUAUUUCAUCCUUUGAGAAAGACUAGUGGAUAAGGAGGAAUGGAGGGAGAGUGGAAGAGAGAGAGAGAGAAAGUGGGAUAGAUAACGAGAAAGAGAAAUAGAGAUAGACAUACAGACGAAGACAGAAGCAGAGAGACAGACCAAGAAAAAAUAAUAAUAUAAAGAAUAAGGAAAAUAAAAUAGAUACAAAAUCCUAGAGAAAAAAGGGAGAGGGAUUGGUCGCCCGAUUUCCCGUAUUGCCGCUAUCGUCACUGAUUACGAGAAUCAUCGUACCUAUAGAAGGGGCUCGGAGUCGUCUUAAAACGGGAGAAAGUUUGCACAGAGAGCUAGUCCAUAUCCUUUCUCUCAAGAUGAAAGUCCUCCUUCUUGCUCUUGCCUUCGCCGCCUCUGCUAGCGCCCAGUCAGAGCCCUGGUGCCGCUGCGCCGUCUUCGUCACCUACAAGAACUCGGAGGUCAUGGUGUUCGAAGCCCCUGAAAUCACCAUCAGCUCUUGCGAAGACGAAGCCAAGAUGUGUCGGAACAGUUGUGUGAAUGAGCUUAACGAGAUGAGCAACAACGGAGAUCUUUGGGCAGUACAGGAGAGCGGAAGCACAGUCGGUCAGUAUAUCUGCCAAUAUCUCGCUGACCAUUACUUUUUCUCGAUAAACAACCAUAAGGUAUACGGCUACAACGAGGUAUGUGGCGGUGCCUGGGAAUACACAGGCGUGGAAUCACAGCAGAUGUUAUGUUGUGAUGGAGGAAAUCACGUUCACUGUAUUUCCGAAUAAAUUAUGGUGAUGAUAGUGAUGAUGAAGCGUGACGAUCUCCGUAACGGUGAUGGUGACGAUGAUGGUGAUGAUGAUGGUGAUGAUUCUCUGCUGAAUUUUCAUCAUAUAUUUUUUUUUUUUGGUCGAUAUAAGUUCGGAAUA